GCCAGACCACAAUUAGCCGCGGAUUUCCUGCCGGGAAUAACCGGAUUAUGAAGAUUUAAGGAGGAAUCGACAGAACUCGGUGUCAUACAAGGCUAAGGGAUUAAGUUACGCGUUUUUCCCUCCUCCGGUCGCCGUUAUGGGGAUAGACCGACGCCGGAGAGCAUCCAUGGCUCUCACCUUGAACUUCCUGGCUUUGUUCCUGGCGGUGUCGGCUCUCACCACCAGCUACUGGUGCGAAGGGACGCGUAAAGUGGUGAAGCCGUUCUGCACCGGCCCCGUCACCGCCACCAGACAGUCGUUCUGCAUCAGGUUCAACAGCUCCAACCUCAACGACACCAGACUGGUGCAGUACAUCUGGGAGACCGGGGAGGAUAAGUACGUGAUGAGAAAGUUUCACACCGGGAUCUGGUUCUCCUGCGAGCAGAACAUUAACAUGACCGGUGAGAACUGCAGAAGUUUCCUUAAUGUCGCGCCUUCAAAUGAAAGAGGAGUGCUGUGGCUGUGCAUUGUUGCUGAGUGCCUAUACAUCCUCCUGCUGGCCACCGGAGGCCUCCUCAUGUCCAUAGAGGUGUGUCAAUUUGGAAACGUCAUCGACGGCCUCAAGCUCAACGCCUUUGCUGCCAUAUUCACAGUGCUCUCAGGUCUGCUGGGUAUGGUGGCCCACAUGAUGUUCACCACAGCCUUCCAGCUGACUGUCAGCCUGGGCCCAGAGGACUGGAAGCCUCAGACCUGGGACUACAGCUGGUCCUACAUUUUGGCAUGGAGCUCCUUCACAGCCUGCAUGGCGUCCUCGGUCACCACCAUCAACCGCUACACCAAAACCAUCCUUGAGUUCAAGCACAAGCGCAGAAACAUUGAGAAGAACCUGAAGAUCAAGCAGAAGCUGCUUGAGCUGGACUCCCCGGAGCAGGUGUGGGACAUGUACAUCAGCUCUGUGCCGAGCACCGCCGACGAGCUGCUGGAUCUGUCGUCCAACGGCCGCAAACUCUCCAACACCUCCAUCUUCCUGGACCUCAACGACCUGCCCGACCCGCAGCAUGAGGAGUACUGCUAGAGGAGCAGCGCGUAGCAUUGAUACAUCAGCAGGUCAUUAGCUGUUCAGUGGGGUACAAUAAUAUAAUUACUGUAAACAACAUAAGACCGACGUGCUUUGGUUACCUACAAAAUUCCUAUUGUCAAACGGAUAAGACAUUCUGUAAAGUUAUCGAGGGCAAACUGUUUCAAAAUCUAGCAGAUAGGGAGCAACAGGAGUCCUGUUUCUGGCCAAAUUAUAAAUGUAAAACUCAAAUAUUUUAUCAACUAAUUAUGAUAACAGUGUCUUAAGCUUCCUAGAUGUCUAAUUAUGUUCACUAAGCAUUUAAGCACAUUUUUGUCACAAGUGUAACUUAACAUUUUGGUGGAAAUAAGACAUUUUAUUUAUUUAUUUAAAUAAGACAUGGAAAAAGUUCUCCAAGCUAAAAUGUAAUGACUUCAUUGUCUUUUACUUUGAAAAGCUGGCCUCCAAUAUUCCACGGUUGGUAAUGGACAGAAAAAGAGGAGGGUAAAAAAUAAACAUUAGUUAACCAUCAACAUGGAACACAGACUUUAUGUUAAAAGAUACACUUGGAUAUAAUAUAAUUUUAGGUGGCUUGCUUAAACCAAUAUUGCAACAUGCACCAACAGCAUUUUUAUUUUGUUGACAAUAUAUUAAUAACUUACCGUAGUUCAAAAUCCAAGUCCUGUUGUGGCUGAUAGGGAGGGACGAGGUAUUGGCCUAGCGGAUCCGCAUAAAAAACCAGGAAAGUAUUAACAUAUAAUUGUUAACAUUAACAUCAAAUUAGUCCUUUUUGUUAUAAUCAAAUUGUCUGCACACUGCUGAGGGUAUAUUGAAACCAAAGCAGGCAAAAUUGUUCUCAACCUCAGUGUGGGAAAAGACCUGUGGGAGCUUAACUUUCCAAACAAGACAGAUAUAAUGGGGAUGAUUUACACAGCAGUCAUUUACCUUCGCCAUCACUACCAGAACCUCUUCUGUUCCUGCAGUUGCAAAGAACUGCAACAAAUGUCACCACUAAAUCCACUCACAUCAAGUCUAAAUUGAAUGAUAAAGGCUCAGCAGCAGGUCUCGGUUGUUUACGGAAACUAUAGUAAUGUCUCAGAAUGGAGUUGGUGAUGACGUAUUGAUGUAGCAUCUGUAAGGGCCAGUGUUGAACCAGAUACCGUAUCUUUUGACAACAACAUCGUCUUUACUAUUGCGUUAGUGUGUGUAAACUAACUGUAUACCUCUUCCCAAGCAAUAUGAAGGGUCACUGCUUAAACCCUGUGAAUUAGGAGGGUGAAGCUGAGGACAGGGGAAAUAAACUGGGAGCGAAGAUAACGCUCUACGCUGAUGACUAGCUUCAACAGCGGUCUUUUCAGCUCUUCCGUUCUAAACAAGCACACUCUCAAGACUCUCAAGCCUCUUGGUUUGCUGUCCUUUGGAUUUUAUUAAUUGAGGAAGAUGUGUGUCCAUUCCUCUCUGUGGCUCACUCAGCUAAAGAAAGUUUGAUAAGGAGCUCCACACAUUGAUUCUAAUAUGGAGUAAUGAUACACUGCCUCCCACCCUAAAUGUGAACCAAAUAGCAUUCAGUAGCUUCAAACACCUCAUCAGGUGUUAAUCCCUAGAUCACAGUGGUACUCGUCUGGCCAUGGAAGGAAUUAACAGAAGGUGGACCUGAGGACUGUUGCUCCACCUACAUGAAUAUAUAGCUGAGUGUAGACACUGAGUGUUACAUGGGUGGAGGAUGCCUACAGGCCUUGCUGAGUGCCUUUUCCUACAGCAGCAUGCUUCUGAUCCAACAGCAUGUCACAGUUUAAAAAGGGAUGGUGUUCCUCCGACUAAUACUUGCUUUAGAGGAAACAUGUAGCUGUCUGUGCAAACUGCCAAAACCCAUCAGCGAGAGGAGCCAACUCUUUGACACCUCUUUACAUGAAGGGGAACUUUUCUUAUGUAUAUUUACACAAAUUGUAUUCAUGAAAAUCCAGACCUGGAUUUUUGCAAUUUACAGUUAUUUUAAGUGCAUUUGAAAAUGUAUAGUAUGUACUUUAUUUAUAUGUCGAACUCAAAGUGAAAUGUGUUGUAGACAACUUAAAGAUUUAUUCUGAUCAGUUUAAAUUUGGUCAUCAUUUGUUGCAAUAUAUGCUGACGCAUGGAUUGUUGUGUCUUUUUGUGUAUGUCAGGUUUGUUUACGGUGACACUUUUUGUGCAGUGUUUUUUAGUCCAUUUUUGUUUUUUUUAAACCUAAUGUAUUAAUAUGAAUACAUUUAUAUGAAAAUAUAUUAUUUAAAGGUGAAGGA